CAAGACCCCGCCGCCCAGCCAGCCGCCCGCCGUAAUUUGAGUCGCCCCGCCCGGUCCGCACAGCACACCAGGCCGCGUCUCGAGCCUCGCCGUGGUGUUGGGCCGCCCCGGGGCCCGCGAUGGCCUUUGCGCGCUUCCUCGUCUUGGCAGCGGCCUGCCGCGCCGCUGCGGCGUUCGUGCCCGCGGCCACCCGCUCGGCGACCGCGGCGCUGGCGAGGACGCCCCGGCAGGGCGCUUCGGCCGCCGCCGCGCAGGAGGAGGCCGCCACGCCCGCCGCCGCCUGCCUCCUCGCGGGCCUCGGCGCCGGCUACGCGGCCGCGGUGGCGGCGCGCGCGGGGGCCGUGCCCCGGCGCGCCGAGGCCAAGCCGCAGAUCGCGGCCGCGCGCACACCGGUGGCGUACCCGAUCUUCACCUUCCGGUGGCUCGCAGUGCACAUGCUGGCGGUGCCCACUGUGUUCUUCCUCGGCGCUAUCAGCUCUAUGCAGUUCAUCCAGCGCUGAGCGGCUUGGCAGCCUCCUCGUUGCCCCUCCUCCUCCUCAUCCCCCUCCUCCUGGUCCAUCUUCCAUGCCGUCAUCCCAAAAGACGGCCACAGCAGAGAUCGAGUUUUUGAGCGGCGACGCCUGGCGGUGAGUGGCCGGAG